AUGGGGGCUGCCUACACGGUCUGGGAUUGCUUGGAAGCCGUAAGGAAGUUGGCUUACUUGCUCGUCUUCAGUGACUAUGGGUCUUCAUGCCUAGGAUCGCCCUGUAUCACCCCCCCUCUCGCGCCUACUGUGCCCUGCUGCACACCUCCCGCACCCUGUUGCGCGCCCUGCCGUGCCCUGUUGCUCUCUUUGACGCACCCUGGUGUGCCCGUCACGUGGCUGCUGCACGCCCUGCCACACCCUACUGCCCCCUGCUGUCGCGCCUACUGCGCGCCCGCCGUUGCGCCCUGCCGCACGCCUGCCGUGCGCCCUGUCGCGCCCACAGCGCGCCCACCUGCGCUCACUGCGCGCCUAGCCGCACUCGCCGCACGCCUGCCGUUCCCUGCCGCGCUCUACCGCCACGCGGGUCUCAUGCCCACCGCCUCACCCCGCCGCGCGGCCUUCCGUGCCUUGCCGCGCCCGCCGCACAUCCUGCCGUCUGCCUGCUGCGCCCCCUACCGCGCCCUGUCAUCGCAUAUGAUGCACGCCCUGUUGUAG